AUCCUCUCUCUCUCUCUCUCUCUCUCUCUCUCUCUCUCUAAAUUCUUUGUUCUUAUGUUGGCUUUUGUUCACAUGCCUAUUCAGUAUCGAAACCCCGAUUAUUUUUAAGUUAUGGUUUUCUGUAGCAGCUUUUGCUUUUCUUUAUCUUUCUUUUAUUCAGUGGAGAGAUUAUGUGUGAUUAUAUGAGAUAUUGGCUACCUUUCCCAUGAUUACCUCUCAAUAGUUAUGCUGGAUUUGAAUUAGGGUUAGGUAUUAAUAAUAUCCCAUGCCAUCCACAGUUGACCUUUAACCUUUAAUCCAGAAAGUAAUAAUCUGGAUUCCUGCAAAAAGUAAUUCCCAUCUUUCUUGCCUAACCCAUGUGUUUUCCCUUACAUAUUAUGCAUUAAUACUUGAUGAUAGUUAUAAUCAUUUUUCAUGUGAAAUUUGAUCAGUGUGGCUAGUGACAAAUAGUGCAUAUAAUUAUUUGUUAGUUCAUAAUUAGAGGUGCGAUCGAUAAAUUAUAAACCUUGCAGGGUCUAAUCAAUAUUGAAAUGAGGUUAAUGAAGGUAGGGUUAGGGUUAAGAAAAUUUUUCCAUCUCUUAAUGUAAUUCAGCACAUAAAGGUGACUACUUUUUAAAGCACCCAAUAGGCCACUCUUUGUUUUUAGCUCUCCAGACAUGAAGGCCCAUGCUUUUGAUUUCUUUUAAGUAUGCUUCUUGAGACAAGGUAUAGUAUCCAUUAAGUUAGGCAUCAAGAACAUCAAACAUAAAAAAAGGAGAAAUAUUGUACUGCUGCGAUUAUCAUAUAACUUUGUCUUUACAUUUUCUAUUGGGCUAUAAAGCUAGCUACAUGGUUUAAAUUAUUCAUUGAGAAGUGUGGGUGUCUUGUUUUUACAUGGCAGCUAAGCUAUAGGAUCUCUAGUCUCAGAUAAUGUGUGCUCCUACUUCUCUGGACCAAAACCAAAUGCCUUCCAACUACUACUAUUCAUAAUAAGGUUAGUUCAUACUUGCUUUAUUUAUAGCUUUGAUCAUAAUUUACCAAUUCACUUACGCCCACUGAAAAAGAAGUGCAUCACUGCAAGUUCUGCAGAAUUUGCAUCUCAUCUCUCUUUGUUUUGUUUCUGUGAGUAUUUUUCUCUUCAUUUCAUUGACCAUUGUAACUUGAGCUUCUGAAAUUUUGUGUUAGUUCUACACAUUCUGCUAGUUCUUGCUAGAUUGUCAGAAUCAAGAUGCCAUUUGUCUAAUUUGCAGAAACAGAGCUCACAUUUUCUCUGAAAAUUGCUAAAGCUGGAUCUUCAUCUGUAAAAUCAUUUUCAUCAAAUGAUGUUCAAUUCCUUUUCUUAGAAUAACAAUUAGGUGAAUCUGAUACAUCAUCUUGCCUUCUGCAAUUUUGUGCUAAUGAAUUCUUGCAGGCAUUUGUGUCUUUAUGCUGUAGAAACUGAAGGUGUCAUCUCUGAUCAUUUCAUUACAAGCAGUCAUUGAAUCACUAAAAAAUUAUGCCAUCAUUAUAUUAAAUUGGAUGCUUUCUCUCUUUUUUCUUCUUAAAGCAUUUGAGAUGAGUCUAUCCUUGCCCCCGAAAUGAUUUGAAAACAGUUUCUUCCUUUUUUCUAAUGAUGAUUACUAAUAUCUCUGCUGUUUUGUGCAUACAAUUUAUCCUUAAGCUUCCUCUCAUUUAAUCUUAAAACAUUAUUAUAGCUAUUAUUAGGUUGCACUGAGACAUGGUUAAUAAUUGAGAAGGUAAGAGAAGCCUAAUGACAUUGUGUUUCAUGAUUCAUGGAAAGCCUUGGAACUGGCAUUAAGAUAAAUCCAAGUGUUUUGUACUUGUUACUUUUAUUCUCUCUAGAAUCUUAUUUCAGAGCAAGUAAUCUGAAUUUUUUUUUUCAUGUAUCAGAAUUCUGAUGGUUCUUUUCAUAUUAAACCUUUUCAGGGUCAGUACUACUGGCAAUCAACAAAUGAGCAAGGACGUCCCUUAGAGAAAACAACUGCUGAACUGUCAGUCUGGUAGCCCAUUUCACGCGAUCUAAAGAAGUUUCAACAAAGAACAGAACAGGACUAUGAGCGAUUUUAGUUCUGAAAGAUCAAAGCCAUGGAACAUAUAUGCAAAUUCAGACCCUACCCCAUCUCAGACUGGAGUCAUCGACAGAGAAGCUCCAUGGAAAAAUUUUGGAACAUCAAUGAAUGCCAUUGCCUUUGGAUUUGUUGCUACAGCCAUAUUGAUAUCAAUGUUCCUGAUCAUGGCGAUUUUCGAACAUCUGUUUAGGCCAAACCCUCCUUUUUCUUCACCUCAAGAGGUGAUCAACAGGUCCCUGGAAUCAGGACCAGUAGACAAACUUGGAAAUCCACAGACAGUACCAACAACAUCGUGUGCAUCCGAUUUUUCAGUAGUGAUGCCUGGACAGCACUAUCCCACUUACAUUGCUCAACCAGCUCCUCUUCCAUGCGCAAGGGAAGGGAUUUAUUGGCCUUCCCAUGAACAUAACAAUCUUGUAUUACCUUAAUUUGUUUAUGCUAUAUAUAUACUUGCAUUUUGGUGUACCAGAAGAUUGUUGUUUAUAGCAUAAUAUACAGAACAGAAUGGCACAUCACUUCUAUA